AUGUCGGCUUCUGUUGCUUCGGCGCAGCCCAAGUCGGGAUUCCGUGCCUUUAAAAAUAGUGACAAGCCAGAUGAGGUGAGGCGCUCGAACUUGUCGGCUGCCAAGGCCGUGAGCGAUGCGAUUCGCACGUCUCUGGGACCCAAGGGCAUGGACAAGAUGAUCCAGACGUCAUCAGGCGAAGUCGUGAUCACCAACGACGGCGCCACCAUCCUCAAGCAUAUGGCUAUUGUCCAUCCAGCUGCACGCAUGCUUGUGGACCUGUCACAAGCCCAGGAUGUCGAGGCAGGUGACGGCACCACCUCUGUGGUCGUCCUCGCAGGCAGUCUGCUGGGCGUGGCAGAGAAGCUGCUGUCCAAGGGCAUUCACCCGACGAUGAUCGCCGAGUCUUUUCAGCGCGCUGCUAUCAAGUCGGUCGAGUACCUGAACGAAAUCUCUACGCCAGUCGACCUCAGCGACCGCGAUAGUCUUUUGCGGGCGGCGACGACGUCGCUGAGCUCCAAGGUGGUUUCGCAGUACUCGUCUGUUCUCGCGCCGAUCGCCGUGGACAGUGUGCUCCGCCUCGUUGAUCUGAAAAACAAUGAGACAGAGUCCGUCGACCUGCGUGACAUCCGCAUCGUCAAAAAGGUGGGCGGCACGAUUGAUGACACAGAACUAGUCGAUGGACUUGUGCUCGAGCAGAACGUCGUGACAUCUAGCGGCGGUCCAUCACGUAUGGAAAAGGCCAAGAUUGCUGUGUGCCAGUUCCAGCUGAGUAGCCCCAAGCCUGAUAUGGACAAUCAAAUUGUGGUCAACGACUAUCGCCAGAUGGACAGGAUCCUCAAGGAAGAGCGUCAGUAUCUGCUCAACAUGUGCAAGAAGAUCAAAAAGUCGGGAUGCAAUGUGCUGCUUAUGCAGAAGAGUAUUCUACGCGAUGCUGUCAAUGAGCUUGCCCUGCACUUCUUGGCCAAGCUCAAAAUCAUGGUCGUCAAGGACAUUGAACGCGACGAGAUCGAGUUCCUGUGCAAGUCGCUCGGCACGAGUCCGAUCGCUGACAUUGAAGCAUUUACCGAGGACAAGCUCGCGAGUGCAGAGCUUGUGGAUGAAGUGCAGCACAGCGGCGCUCGUGUCGUCAAAGUGUCCAAGAUCAAGAACCCUGGCCGCACUGUCAGCGUGCUGUGUACGGGCUCGAACUCGCUCGUGCUGGAAGAGAGCGAGCGCAGUCUGCACGACGCUUUGUGUGUCGUGCGCUGCCUGGUCAAGAAGCGCGCCCUGGUGGCCGGUGGCGGUGCGCCAGAAGUACACAUGUCGCGUCGCCUAGCUCAGUAUGCGCAGACGCUGCAGAGCCUGGAGGCGUACAGCUUCCAGGCCUUCUCCGAGGCACUCGAAGUGAUUCCCACGACCCUUGCUGAAAACGCCGGUCUGAACCCCAUCUCCAUUGUGACGGAACUGCGCAACCGCCAUGCAUCAGGUGAGAAGACGGCCGGCAUUAAUGUGCGCAAGGGUAUGAUUACCAACAUUUUGGAAGAAAACGUACUGCAGCCGCUCUUGGUGUCGACCAGUGCACUGGAGCUUGCUACCGAGACGGUGUCUUUGCUCCUGCGCAUUGACGACUACCAGCUCUCCCGCUGA